AUUUUUUACAGGGAGAACGCUAUAAAUUUUUGCGAAUUUUUUGCUAAUUACAUGAGAAGCUCGUCAUGUUUCCAAUCAAAUCUUUAAUAAGAGGCGUCAAUGCCGUGCACUUGAACAAAAUCUGGCAAAAUACCGGAGCGGUUCCGUGUGCAUUUUCCACAAAAAAGUCCCAAAUGGAGCUCGCUAGCAUUCCUCCGCGACCCAAAAGACCCUUAUCACCCUUUUUUCUGUACAUGUUCGAGACUCGACCGAAAUAUGCGUCGGAAAAUCCGCAGCUAAAGGCUAUUCAAGUGUCACAGGAGCUCGCAAAAAACUGGCGAGAACUUGAUGCCAGCAAAAAAACGCGCUACGUCCAAGAAUACGAGAAAGAAAAACAAAAAUACGCCGUCGAAAUCACCAAAUACAACAGCAAACUAACGCCCGAGAUGAAGGAAAGUCUCCAAAAUGCGCGGAGAAAACUCGUCGAGGAUCGCGCUCGUCGCGUAAUCAAGGCACGCAGCAAGGAUUUGGGAAAACCAAAACGUCCCUUGAGCGGUUACAUGGUUUUUGUGACUCAAAUGCGUUCGGUUGACCCGAAAAAAUCCACCGAAAAGCUGACGGAAUAUGUCAAGAGGAUCAGCAUGAAAUGGAAUAAAAUGUCGGAAGUCGAAAAGAAACCGUAUUUGGAUGAGGGAGACAAAAAAAUUGCUCAGUACAAGAUUGACCUUGAAAAAUGGGAGCAACGAAUGAUCAAAGAAGGCAACUUGGAUCUCGUUCGAAAACCCUUCGGACUUGAAGAAACAAAGCCUCGCAAGACAAAAACGUCACCGACACCCAAAAAACGAUCAGAUUCCUCGGAGGUUUAUGGGCUUUUUGAUUUGACGUCAUCGAAUGCAUCACCGAAUUUGGAUCUCGAAACGCUCCCGGAUGACUUGUUGGGACCCGUUUUGACGUCAAUUCCCAUCGAAAUUGAGACGCAGGAACUGGAGGAAGAAGUUGUUUCCGAUGAAAAAGAUCGAAAAUCCUUCAAAUGUGGGACUUGUGAUGAAAUUUUCACGUCUUUUAGUAAACUGAGGACUCAUCGUUACAAAAUUCAUAAUGAAAAACAACACAUGUGCGAUUUCUGUUCAAAAUCGUUCGGAUUGUCUGCCGACCUGCGAAUUCACUUGAGAAUCCACACCGGAGUCAAACCAUUCCCUUGUGAAUUCUGUCCAAAGCGUUUUACGACGAGCAGCUCCCUACGAGAUCACCUCAAAACGCAUACGGGCGAGAAAAAUUGGAAAUGCCAACAAUGUCCGAAGGCAUAUGCCCGUUCGAGUGACUUAAAAGUGCAUUUUAAGACGGCUCACACGACAAUUCGUCCCUACACGUGCCUCAUUUGCAACAAAGGCUUCGUCAUCCAGCGCGUUUUAAACGAACACAUGCGAACGCACAACGGCACAAAGUUUCGCUGCGAAAAUUGCCCAAAAACGUUCAACCUCAAGAGUCAUUUGCGCAUUCAUCAGCAACAAGAACACUCGAUGGAGCCACGUUACAAGUGCGAAACAUGCAAUUUGACUUUUACGAAGGCCAUCGAACAAAAACGGCAUAUGCGACAAAGUCACAUGUUCAUUUCGAGACCUUUUAGAUGCACGCAAUGCCCGAAUCGGUAUGCAAAUAAGGAAAAUUUGGAGGUUCACAUGGAAACACAUCGAACGCCAGAGAAAAAAAAGUCGCAGUGUUUGAUGUGCAACUUGUCGUUCGUGAAAUCGACGGAUUUUAUGAAUCAUCUGAAGCAGCAUGAGAAGGCGCUGACAUGUACGGUUUGUCUAAAGUACUUUGAAAGUGUUGAAACACUGCAGGAACAUUCCGAAACGUGUCCCCAGAGCUUCAAACGUCGCCUGGAUGAGGCGAAAAUGAUGAAAAAGACGAAAAAUGAGAAAAAGUUACAGGAAAAAAUUGAUUCGUCGCAAGAAAAUGAAGUUUCGGAGGAAUCAGUUGAUGAAUCGAGUAUGAACGAGAGUCAAAAAUUGAACGAUUUGCCAAUUGAAAUGUCAGAAAGCCAAGAAAAUAUCGAUGAAGAAGAGUUUUUGAACGAUCCAAUCUUGGAUGAGACAGAAAGUGUCUCGAAAACGAUUGAAAAUGACCCCAAAAUCAUCGAAAAAGAUGAAAAAUUGAAUGAAAUCAUGGUUGAUGAAACCAAAAAAAUUAUUAAAAUCCCUGAAGAAGCUGAAAACGACCCAAAAAUUAUCGAAAAUUAUGAAUUUAAUGAAAAAAUGGACCUGGAUGAAACCAAAAAAACACUUGAUACCUCAAAAUCAAUCUCAAAAACGUUAAAAAAUGACGAAAAACCUUCCGAAACUCUCAUGGAAUGCAAUAUUUGCAGUUUCAAAAUGCGAUUUUCGGAAAAACGUUUCCUGCAUCACUUUCGCAAACAUUUUCCACCAACCGCAAAGUCCCAUCCCUUCGAAUGCCAAACGUGCCGCAAACUCUUCACCACUGCCAGCAACCUCAAAGUGCAUCAACACGUUCACAACGAUUCGCGGGACUAUCUCUGCGCCGAUUGCCCCAAAAAAUACGCUCGUCUCAGCGAUCUCAAGGUCCACAUGCGAACGCACACCGACGAACGUCGUUUCAAAUGUCACCUCUGCCCAUCAGCCUUCCGCCAAUCGAGCGUUUUGUCGCAACACAUCCGCACGCACACCAACGAACGUCCCUUUGUGUGCCAAAUUUGCUGCAAAGCCUUCAAAAGUAGCGGCACGCGGUCCGUUCACAUGCGAAGUCAUCGCAACGAGAGGAAAUUCGUAUGCGACAGUUGCGAAAAACGAUUUUUAACGGGAUCCGAUUUACGAAAACAUCAAUUUUUGCAUUCGGGUCAAGUGCCGUUUGAGUGUGGGACAUGCGCUCGACGAUUUCCGUUUGCGGGUCACUUGAAAAAGCACGAAAAAUCUCACACAUCGACGGAAAAGCCGGCAUGCAAAAGCUGUGGCAUCAAAUUUGCGACAAUGAACGACCUGCGAAGGCACAAUUUGGAUGCGCAUACGUUCAGUUGUGGGCAUUGCGAUGGAAAAUUUUGCGAAAAAGAGCUUUUUGAGCGACAUUUGGAACAAAAUCACGAAAAAUUCUAAUAAAAAUCUCUUCUUAAGUCAAUUUUUCUUUAUUUUCUGCGUUUUGCUGGAGUCGCAAUGCCAUGA